AUGUCCAUUGCAAUAGGUUCCAAGCUUUUCCACACUGUUCUCUUAAUGUUGGCUUGGCAAUAUUGUGCCAAGGUGGACGCCACAUUCAAAGAUGUCACUGGCUUUUUUGAUUUCAACCUUGGUUCAUUUGGAUCAGGUGGCGCUGGAAUUAUGGGGGGGACGAAAAAUGGUGGCUCACCGGCCAACGCUCCAGAAAUGGCACCAGGUAUUGCUCCUGUUGGAUUUGAUACUCCAACAAAUAAUGAAGACAGUGGAGCUUCGUCAUUUGAUUUCGAUUUUUCUAAAAAUAUCAAUGGUGGAGUCGAUCUUUCUAAUGGUGCUCACAAACUUAAUCUGAAAGGGAGUGGCACACUUGAUCUUUCUCAUAAAGUCGAUGUUUCUAAUGAUGGUCACAAAAUUAAAUUUAAAAAGAGUGGAACAAUUGAUGUUUCUAAUGAUGAUCACAAAUUUAAUUUGAAUAGUGGUGGCACAAUUGAUGUUUCCGGUGAAGUUGAUGUUUCUAAUGAUGAUCACAAAGUUAAUUCGAAGAAGAGUGACACAGUUGAUGUUUCUAACGAGGAUCACAAAACUGAUUCGAAGAGUGGUGGCACAGUUGAUGUUUCUCAUAAAGUUGACUUUUCUAAUGAUGAUCACAACGCUAAUUUUAAUAAGGGUGGCUCAGUUGAUGUUUCUUAUGAGGAUCACAAAACUAAUUCGAAGAGUGGUGGCACAGUUGAUGUUUCUCAUAAAGUUGAUGUUUCUAAUGAUGAUCACAACGUUAAUUUUAAUAAGGGUGGCUCAGUUGAUGUUUCUUAUGAGGAUCACAAAACUAAUUCGAAGAGUGGUGGCACAGUUGAUGUUUCUCACAAAGUUGACGUUUCUAAUGAUGACCACAAAGUUAAUUUUAAGAAGGGUGACUCAAUUGAUGUUUCUAACGAGGAUCACAAAACUAAUUCGAAGAGUGGUGGCUCAAUUAAUGUUUCUUAUGAGGAUCACAAAACUAAUUCGAAGAGUGGUGGCACAACUGAUGUUUCUCAUAAAGUUGAUGUUUCUGACGAGGAUCACAAAACUGAUUUGAAGAGUGGUGGUACAGUUGAUGUUUCUCACAAAGUUGAUGUUUCUAAUGAUGACCACAAAGUUAAUUUUAAGAAGGGUGGCUCAAUUGAUGUUUCAUAUGAGGAUCACAAAACUAAUUCGAAGAGUGGUGGAACAGUUGAUGUUUCUCACAAAGUCGAUGUUUCUAAUGAUGACCACAAAGUUAAUUUUAAGAAGGGUGGCUCAAUUGAUGUUUCAUAUGAGGAUCACAAAACUAAUUCGAAGAGUGGUGGAACAGUUGAUGUUUCUCACAAAGUUGAUGUUUCUAACGAUGAUCACAAAGUUAAUUCUAAGAAGGGUGCCUCAAUUGAUAUUUCUAACAAGGAUCACAAAACUAAUUCGAAUAGUGGUGGCAUAAUUGAUGUUUCUCACAAAGUUGAUGUUUCUAAUGAUGAUCACAAAGUUAAUUUGAAGAAGAGUGACUCAAUUGAUGUUUCUAACGAGGGUCACAAAACUAAUUCGAAGAGUGGUGGCACAGUUGAUGUUUCUCACAAAGUUGACGUUUCUAAUGAUGACCACAAAAUUAAUUUUAAGAAGGGUGGCUCAAUUGAUGUUUCUAACGAGGAUCAUAAAACUAAUUCGAAGAGUGGUGGCUCAAUUAAUGUUUCUUAUGAGGAUCACAAAACUAAUUCGAAGAGUGGUGGCACAACUGAUGUUUCUCAUAAAGUUGAUGUUUCUGACGAGGAUCACAAAACUGAUUUGAAGAGUGGUGGUACAGUUGAUGUUUCUCAUGAAGUUGAUGUUUCUAAUGGUGAUCAUAAAAUUAAUUUGAAGAGUGGUGGCGAUUCAUUUGGUGUUUCUGGUGGUGGAGGUGGAGGUGGAGGUGGAGGUGGAGGUGGUGGUGGUGGCAGCGGCGGCCAGCAGCGGCUCAUUUGGUGUUUCUGGUGA